AUGCCGCACCCACAGCAUGGAUGCAUGGGUCCUUUACCAAUGUGCUUUGAUGGAUUCAGUUCCAUGUUUUUGUACAAAAGAUGGUAUAGGUGUUUCACUGCAUUAGAUGGUUUCUCAAUCGACUUAGGGAAGGUGGAGCGGAAGACAAACCUCACCAUUGAAGUAUUUUGGGUUGAAUAUGAUAGAAAAAAACCGGUACUCUUGACUAGUUUAUCACAAAGUUUGGCUGCAAUAAAUAAAAGGACAGUUGAGCAACUGGGACAGGACUAUGGCGAUGCUUCUUUCAGAAUUUCUCAAGGGAGCACAAAGAAAAUAAGAAAUAAAUUCAAGGAUUAUGCUACCUACAUGAAAGCUCCACAUGAUGAGAAUCCACUUUACGUGUUUGAUGAUAAUUUUAGAGAAGUUGCACCAAGUUCGUUGAAAGAUUAUAGCGUGCCUCAUCCAUUCCAAGAAGUGUUUUUUGAAAUCCUAGAAAAAGACAAGCGUCCUCGAUUCUGAUGGCUGGCGAUAGGACCUGAAAGAUCAGGUGCUUCAUGGCAUGUAGACCCUGCCCUUACAUGUGCCUAGAAUACAAUUAUAGGUGGACGCAAAAGGUAUUUCUCAUGGUGGCUGGAAUUUUAUCCACUUCUUACAGAGCAGGAGAAGCCUUUGGAAUGCACGCAACUUCCAGGUGAAACAAUAUUUGUACCUAGUGGUUGGUGGCAUUGUGUCCUUAAUCUGGAGAACUCAGUUGCUGUUACCCAGAAUUUUGUGAAUGCAUCCAACUUCGAUUCUGUCUGCUUGGAUGUGACUCCUGAUUAUCAUCACAAGGACGUGUCUCGUACUGGGUCCGUUGCCAUCCAGAAGGAUGACUUCAGAAGCCUUGAAUUGAACCUAUAUCCAUAUGCUUGUAAGAGUAUUGAGCAAUGGCAGAUCCAAAUUCUACUGUGCAGAGCACAAGAAGCUGAUAGAUGGUUUCACUACUUGAUGGGAAUGUGUUCAUUUCAUAAUCUGCCCCUCCCUUCCAAAGAUGAAAAACUCUCUGUUGGAACUGGCAGCAACCCAGUGAGUACAGAUCAUGUUUGAAUGCCAACGGAAUUAUGGCUCCAACGCCUCAAAUUCUGGUAAUCGAGCUCCGCGGAAGCAAAAUUCUGGGCAUCUUACAG